GUUAUUCCCUCUUAAAUUUCCCUCAGUCAACCUCUUGUUUCCCUUUGAAGAGGCUCUGCUUUGAUUUCCCCAUUUUUUGACACUGGAAAGAAGAGGGGAAGGGACGGAAAGUCUUGGAGGUGUAUAAAGAAUAGUUCAUAGGGAAAGACAGUUGGAGAGGAAGAGGCUAAAGGGGCUUUGCUGCCUUUGCUGCUGUCGAUCAGGAGUAGCUUUGUGGAAGAGCCCCUGCUGAAGUGCUCGGCAGCCAGUCUCUUCCUGCCUGCUGGCCUUCCUUUCAUCUGUCCAUGUAGUAAAGGGAGAGAAAACCAGAGCAGGCUAGAGAAAGUUGCCUCAUCAGGAUUCGCUGUCUUUGGAUUGUGGUAGUUAUUUUUUGAAGGGGGGGGGGGGUUAUUUUGGCGGUUAGGGGAGUUAAGGCUGCAGGUGGUGCUAGGGAGUUUGUUUUGCCAUGCAGCAAUCUUGGGAUCGGACAACUAACAUUGAGAGUGUCAAAAGCCAUUCAAAAAUGACGGGAAAAGGACAAAGUGGCGGAUAUCCACGUGAGACAACGGGUGAAGUCUUGCAUAGCAUCAGUGCGGUACCUGUGGACAGCACUGAUAAGAAAGGCCCCCAGGUGGGAGGCCAGCUGCUAGGUAGUGUGCAGACGGGGCCUCAGCAGCAGAACCAGCAGCUCCUCCUGACUCCAGCUAGCCUCCAGCUUGCUCAGCUCCAGGCCCAACUCGCCCUCCAUCGCCUCAAACUGGCUCAGGGGGGCAACACAGCCACUGCCGCCACUGUUCUCAAUCAAGUUCUUUCCAAUGUCGCCAUGUCCCAACCCCUGUUCAAUCAGCUACGGACUUCAACUAUGGUUGGGAAUCCACAGAGUGCCUUCCCCACAGGCUUGCUAGGUUUUCCCUCUUCAAAUUCAGCCUUGGGGGCCUUGGUGGGUGGGGGAUUCCAUCAAAACCCAGGGAAUGUAAGACUAAACCAUCCUGGUGGAGGGGGCAUAGUGGGCCAACAGGAUGCAGAGUAUAGCAAAAAGUCAGGGUCAGCUUACCCUUCUGAUACUGACAGGCGUCUUCAGUACAACUUAGUUGGAGACACAUCUGCAGCAUCAGCCACUGCUGGUGAUGGACAGUACACAGUGAUUAACACUCAGGCAAAAAACAUGAGCAAUGUUGGUUUUCAGAGAGAUUUCUACGGGCGGGAUAUUCAGGGGCAACAAGCUGGAUUUACCGUCAAUGAGCAGAACUUGAAUGUUUAUAACUCCACCGGGCAUAAGGAGCAAUGGAAAGGCCCCGCUAGCCUGAGUCACACUGGAAAGGUGGAUAUGGUUCCUAAUGCUGCCGCUGUGUGGACAGCAGCUGGGCAGCCAAUUAGGUCUCGAACGGAGCUGUAUAACCCAGAGGAGCCAACCUCUGAUCCCAAGUUCAAUCAAAGUGGUGGGGUUUCCUCUUUGGGUUCAAGUGGCACGCAGGGAUUUGUGGGCUACCAGCCCCGGCACGGAAGUGAGGAAACCCUAUCUACAGGUACCAGGACACUUCAGCCUUAUCAAGUCAAUGAUUACCAUGCUGUCACACCCACUCAACUACCACACCAGUGUAGCAUCUGUGACAAGAAGGUCUACAACCUCAAGGACUGGGACCAGCACGUGAAGGGAAAACUACACCUGCAGAAUCGAACAUUGUACACAAGUGAAAGCUCCGGCGUGGUAUCAGCUGGAGCUGUUCACUACGCCGUCGGCAGGCCUUCUGGUGGAGGUCUGAACCCCGGAGGGACAAACUCCAUGGUCUACUCUGUUGCAAGUCAAGAUGUAUCCUCAGGAGCCACUACAUCAUACUUGCCAGCUGCAGCCAUGAAGACUUAUCCCAUGUCAGACACAGGAUUUGCCUCACACCAGCCAGAGUCAAAGCCAUUUCCACCCAGAAAAGCAACCUCAGGGCGAGUCGUUCACAUCUGCAACCUCCCUGAAGGCAGCUGCACAGAGAAUGAUGUCAUCAACCUGGGACUACCCUUUGGCAAAGUCACCAACUACAUCCUCAUGCGCUCUACCCAUCAGGCAUUUCUGGAGAUGGCGUAUAUUGAAGCUGCUCAGGCCAUGGUUCAAUACUACCAACUUAUUCCAGCUAUGAUUAACAAUCAGAAACUUCUUAUACGAAUGUCUAAGAGAUACAAAGAACUGCAACUCAAGAAACCAGGUAAAGAUGUUCAGUCGAUCAUCCACGAUAUCACCUCUCAGCGGGAAAGGGAUGAGAUGCAAGAACUUGAACACAGCUACAUGCCAGAGAGAGCACGGUCUCGCAGCCCGAUCAGCCGCUCUCUGAGUCCUCAUUCCCAUAGCCCCAGUUUUACAUCGUGCAGCGCAGCCCACAGCCCCCAGGGGGCACCAUGCAGGGGUCCGGAGAGAAGCAGCAAUGGCCUGGGCCCCUGUCGGAGCUCUUGGGAUUGGUCGUCACACUUAAGAAGGGGUGAGGACGAAAGGGAGAGGGAUGACCCAUGGAGGAAUGGGGGAGGCAUGGAUGACGAUCGGCCUAAUGGGCGGACGGCUGACCGCCGGAAGGCCUACCAGAAACCCUUGGAUCAUAUCAGCUUGAGAUCUGCAGAUGAGCGAGGAGGAGGUGGCGGAGGAGGUGAGGGGAUGAGGGGCAACAGAGACCGGCACCCACGAGGCAGCCCUCUAGGCAUGUCCUUCAACUCUUACAGGAACAUGGAGGACGAAUUCUACAUGAAAGAACAAAUGUACAAGUCUGAUAAGCCGCCCAGACCUCCAUACCAAAGGCAUGAUACAAAGCCAAAGAAGAGGGAUGGUGGUGACUACCAUGGUAGGUCGAGGCACUCUGAGUUUGAGAUGAGUGAAGAGCCACUUUGCAGAACACCAGAAGAAAAGAGGCAGAGUUCCCCAGGCAUGGGCAGGGGCAGAAAGACAAGCAGGAGGCACACCACUGCAGAAAAACAUGAGAGAGGAAAUUCUCCUGAAAAUACUGAUCGCCAGUCGAAAGAAAAAUCAGUUUCACCUCAGCAAAGCAAUAAACCAAAAGAGGCUACUGAAUGUAGUAAAGAUAGAGACACUGAGAAGGAGUGGGAAAGUGGAGUUGACACUGAUGAGGACAGUUGGUAUCCUAAGAACAUGGAGGAACUGGUCACUGUAGAUGAAGUGGGAGGAGAAGACGAUUCCAUUAUUGAGCCAGACCUUCCUGAGCUGGAGGAGUAUGUAUCCUGCCCCAAAGAGCCUGCAGAGGAAGAAACAGCAGACAAGCAUAUAUCACCACCUACCUCUUCCUUGGAGGCCAACCAGGAAAAGUCCUGUAUGGACGCUGGACACCAGGCAGACACAUCUGUAACUGAGAAAGCAGGGGAUGUUUUAACUGCAAACAGUCCUGGAGAACAGAAACUCAGUCAAGAGGCUCCUGAGCUGCCAGUCACUAUCGUUAGUGACUUCCCCAAGGAGGAGUUCAAGGGUGCACCGGAGGAGAUGUGUUUAGAGGAUAAAGUAACCAACAGUGGGCCAGUAGAAGAGCCAAUGGAAAAUCACAUUAGCGUAUUAGAGGACAGCAAGACCCAGGAAGUAGGGCAGGUCACGGAAACAAUCACUAACGGGGCACAACACAAGGAUGUCAUUCUUAAAAAAGAGAUUGAGGCCCCCUCACCGUCUCGUGAGCAAGACAAAGCUGUCAGUGAACACAGCAUCCCUUUGGGAGUGGAGUUCAUUGUGCCAAGGACCGGCUUUUAUUGUAAACUCUGCGGAUUGUUCUAUACCAGUGAGGAAUGCAAGACGACCCACUGCCGCAGCACUGUGCACUACAGGAACCUACAGAAAUAUCUUUCUCAGCUGGCAGAGGAAAGUCUGUCGGACGCACUUUCUGAACCCUCAGCUGCGCAGUGACGUCAGCUUGACCUUGCCCUUUGACGUGUGCUGUUGGUUCCAGGCUAUGGUCAACUACAGCAAGGAUUAAUGUGACACAUGGAAGCUAGAGGAUGUGGAGAAUUGCAGGAGUUUUGACAUUUUUACGGGGGGGGGGUUGGACGUCUAGAAUGGCAUUGACAAUCCCAGCCCUAGAUGCCCCAAUUUUGUAUAUACCUAAAGUGUAAUGUAUAGUGAGGCAAAAAUAUUUAAUUGACUUUUUUUGCUGUUGUUUUUCGGUUUCUCAGUUUUCUUACAGUUUAUUUUAUGGGGUUGUGUGUGAAUUAUUUGUUAUUUUUUGGAAUGUAAAUGUAUUUUGCAAUGAUGUCUAAUUAGUGAGAAGAAAAACUUAUUUAGUAUGGUCUUAUGUUAGUCCAUUUUUAGUCAGUUUUCUGAGUUUAAAUCGAUUAUACUCAUGAGAUAACCUUGUUUUUAAUUUGGUCUGUACAUUGCGCUAGCAACAAUGAUACAUGUACAGCUGCAAAAUGACUUGAAAUAUGCGUCAAGGAAUGUUUUUGCUCAGUUAAAAAGCUGGGGCAGAUUCUCAGGUUUGUUGUAUUUGUUGAACACAUGUCAAUGUAUAGCACAGUACACAACAUUUACAUUUUUAUUUAUAUCUGGGGCUUUAAAGGCUCUUGCAGUUUUUUAUUUCCAUCCUGUGCCUGUUUGUGCACCACAUUAUCUGUCAGGUAAAACUGUACAUCAUUUGGACUAAUAAUGAUACAAAGGAUUUUUAAUUUUUUUAAGUUUUAUGUUGGAUUGGAUUCAUAAGACAAUCUCAGUCAUAUUUGCCGACUUGCAAUACCUUACAUAUUGAAAACUUUAAACUGGACCAUGUUUUUGAAUUAUCAGAGUUAAACAUGCAGUGUUUCAUGUUACAGUGAUUUGUUUCAGAAGGAUUAUCAAGCCAGACUGUUUUUAUAUACUGUGAAUACUGAUCCUGUGACAUCAGUGAUAGUGUUGUUUUCUUUGAUGAACCUUUGAUAUGAUUUUUUGAUGGAAAAAUUCUCAAA